AUGGCGGAGGCUGCGGCUGUUCCCCCGCAUCGGUUUUUCUGUCACUGUUGUAAGGGAGAAGUGAACCCCAAACUCCCGGAAUACAUCUGCCCAAGAUGUGAUUCAGGUUUCAUAGAGGAAGUAACAGAAGACUCCAGUCUCCUAGAGGGUGGCGCAAACGGGAUAGAUGACACAGCCACACAGUUUGCAGAGCUAUGGCACCUCUUGCUACUGGAGCGGCCAUUUACAACAGACAGCGACACUCCUGACUCAGAACCUCGGCUCCCUGGAGGACGCCUGGGGGGAUUCGGCGAUCUGGGAAGUUUAGGGGGCGGAUCAAUCGGGGGAUCUGUCCCCGCCGGUUUAGGAGGACCCAUGGGGAGCCUACUAGCAGCCGGGGAACACUGGGGACCAGGGCGCCCCCCUCGUUUGCAAAGCCAGAGGAGAUACCGGUCCAGAGGCAGCAGUAGGCCCGAUCGCUCGCCUGCUGUGGAGGGGAUUGUACAACAGUUUCUUGCUGGUCUCUUUGCCAACUCUGGAGUCCCUGGGUCACCUCCUCUGUCAUGGACGGGGAUGCUGCACUCUAACCCCGGAGAUUACGCAUGGGGACAGGGAGGGUUAGAUGCUGUGAUAACACAGUUAUUAGGUCAGUUGGAGAAUACAGGACCUCCUCCAGCAGAGAAAGAGAAAAUAUCUUCUCUCCCAACUGUCAAUAUCUCUCAGGAACAAGCAGACUGCUGUAUGGAAUGUCCAGUAUGCAAAGAGGACUUCUCAGUGGGAGAGCCAGUCAGACAGCUACCCUGUAACCACUUCUUUCAUUCAGACUGUAUAGUACCAUGGCUGGAAAUGCAUGACACAUGUCCAGUGUGUAGGAUGAGUUUGAACGGAGAAGACAGCAGCAGCCAGACCCCGUCAGAGUCCCCCUCACUCUCCAUGGACCCCCGUACACAGGAGAGAUGGUCCUUUUGA